AGCCUCAGCUGAGACUAUUGGCUCAGCUGCGGCCUCUCAACGAAAGUGGAAGUAACUGACGUAUUUACCUCGCUACGGUCGGCUGCGUGCCUGCGUUGAGUAUAAUGAGUGGAGCGUCGCCAUUGGGAAACGUAACCGAGGAAAUCUGUAUAUUAUGUGCCUAAAUAUAAAUACCUUAGAUCAGGAGGGAGAGGAGGGGAACACACUUCCAAAAUGAGUUACUGUGAGAAGAGAAUGCAGAAGGUCAAGAAGAAAGAUGAGCAUGAUGCUUAUCAGAGCCAGAUGUCCAGAGAAGCAUCUCCAGAACCCAGCUGUGUGUCCAUGAAGAGUGAUUGCUCCAUGUUGGAACCUAUUGAACUCCGUAAAAGAGUGACCUCUGACCCCAGUAGCACUAGCAAAAGAACGUCCAGAGGAGCAUCUCCAGAACCCAGCUGUGUAUCGAUGAAGAGUGAUUGUUCCAUGUUGGAACCCAUUGAACUCAGUAAUAGAGUGACCUCUGACCCCAGUAUCACCAGGCGGAGAAGACACAGUGGUGCAUCACCAGAGCCCAGCUAUGUGUCAAUGAAGAGCAACUGCUCCAUGUUGGAACCCAUUGAACUUCGUGAUAGAGUGACCUCUGACCCCAGUGUGCGUACACAACAACAACAUUUAACGCCCAGAGGAGCAUCUUCAGAACCCAGUUGUGUGUCAAUGAAGAGUGAUGGAUCUAUGAUGCAGCCCCCACAACUCACUGUGAGUCCAGUGACCUCUGACCCCAGUAUCACCAGCAAGAAAGAUCCAAGAAGAGGAUCUUUAGAACCCAGUUGUGUGUCAAUGAAGAGUGACGGAUCUAUGAUGCAGCCCCCACAACUCACUGAUGCAGCUUCAACCUUUGACCUGGGCAGCAGGAAAAGUCCCAGUGGAGCUUCUCCAGAAUUCAGCUGUGGGUCGAUGAAGAGCAAUCAGUCCAUGUUGGAUCCCAUUGAACUCAGAAAUAGAGAAGUGAUUUUAAAACCCAGUAUUACCAGCAAGAAAGAAUCCGAAUCAGCAUCUUCAGAACCUAGUUGUGUGUCAAUGAAGAGUGACGGAUCUAUGAUGCAGCCCCCACAACUCACUGAUGCACCAUCAGCCUCGGACCUCAGUAUUAUCAGCAAGAAAGAAUCCGAAUCAGCAUCUUCAGAACCUAGUUUUGUGUCAAUGAAGAGUGACGGAUCUAUGAUGCAGCCCCCACAACUCACUGUGAGUCCAGUGACCUCUGACCCCAGCAGUGGGGAGAUAUGGUCGAAUGCGUCCACCUGUCAGACCCUCAUCAGACCGAACAGCAUUGAAUCAGACCCGCCAGAUCAGACUGAACACCUGCAGCAGGAUUCUUAUCAACCAGUAGAUGAUGUUCUGCAGAAAGUCAAAGACAAACACAAAACCAACAUGAAAAACAAGUAUGAGAGUUUAUUUGAGGGAAUCAAACAACAAGGGAAUCAAACCCUCCUAAACAGAAUUUACACACAGCUCUACAUCAUAGAGGGAGAGAUUGAAGGAGUAAAUGAAGAACAUGAGGUUUUAAACAUGGAGAAAACGCCCAAAACACAAGACUUACAAGACACUUCAAUCUAUUGCAAUAACAUCUUUAAACCCUUACCCGAUGCACUUAAUAAAAGAGAGAAAAUCAAGAGUGUUCUUACCAAAGGCAUCGCUGGAAUCGGAAAAACAGUCUCCGUGCAGAAGUUCAUUCUGGAUUGGGCUGAGGGAACAGCCAAUCAUGAUGUGGAUUUCAUUUUUGUUCUUCCGUUUCGAGAGUUAAACUUGAUUCGAGAUGAUCGGUACAGUUUUCACAAACUUCUGCUGGCCUUUUAUCCUGAACUUGAAGAUCUGGACUCAAAGAUUUAUGAUGAGUGUAAAGUCGUGUUCAUCUUUGAUGGUCUGGAUGAAAGCAGAAUGGCGCUGAUGUUUUCAGACACGAGCGAGAAAGUUUCUGAUGUGACUGAGACUUCAUCAGUGUCUGUGUUGAUGUCAAACCUCAUGAGAGGAGAUCUGCUUCCCUCUUCUCUCAUCUGGAUCACCUCCAGACCAGCGGCAGCCAAUCAGAUCCCCUCCAAAUACAUCAAGCGUCAGACAGAAAUCCAGGGAUUUAAUGACGAUCAGAAGGAGGAAUAUUUCAGGAAGAGAAUCAGCGACGAGCAUCAAGCCGAGAAAAUCAUCUCACACAUUAGAAAAGCGAGAAGCCUCCACAUCAUGUGUCACAUCCCAGUCUUCUGUUGGAUCUCAUCCACUGUGCUUCAAAACCUCCUGAAAGAAGACAACGAGAGAGCAGAAAUCCCUAAAACUCUGUGUGAAAUGUACAUCCACUUUCUGCUGAUUCAGAUGAAUAUGAAGAAUGAGAAGUAUGAUGAAAGAUAUUCAGAGAAACUCCUGCAGUCCAACAGAGGCUUGAUUUUGAAACUGGCUGAAGUGGCAUUCAAACAGCUAAUGAAGGGUAAUGUGAUGUUUUAUGAGGAAGAUCUGAGAGAGUGUGGGAUAGACAUCACUGACGCCUCACUACAUUCUGGGAUUUGCACUGAGAUCUUUAAGGAGGAAUCUGUGAUUCAUCAGAGGAAAAUCUACUGCUUUAUACAUCUCAGCUUUCAAGAGUUCCUCGCUGCUCUCUAUGGGUUUUACUAUUAUAAUGGUAAAAUAACAGAGACGUCACAGUUUUUUGAUGUAAUAUAUGUUUUAUUGAAAGCAGCAGUAGAUAAAGCUCUCGAGAGUGAAACUGGACAUCUGGAUCUUUUCCUGCGAUUUCUGCUGGGCAUCUCACUAGAGUCCAAUCAGAGACUCUUACAGGAUCUACUGACACACACUGUGGAUACCUCAGAAACCAUCAAGAAAAUUACAACAUAUAUCAAAGGCAAAAUCAACGAUGGGUGUGAUUACUCAGCUGAAAGAUCCAUUAAUUUGCUUUUGUGUCUGCUUGAAGUGAAUGACCAGACUCUGUCCAAAGAGAUUAAGGAGCUUGUAAGAUCCGACAAACCCUCAAAGAAACUCUCUGCUACUCACUGUUCAACAAUAGCCUACAUGAUUCAGAUGUCAGAGGAGGUGAUGGAUGAGUUUGAUCCAAAGAAAUACAACACGACACAGGAGGGCAGAAGACGACUCGUACGAGCUGUCAACAACUGUAGAAAAGCUCUACUUGCUGACUGUAAUCUCACAAUUCAGUCGUGUGAAAUCAUCGCUUCAGCUCUACAAUCCUCAAAUUCUCCUCUGAGAGAGCUGGACCUGACUAACAAUGACCUGCAGGAUUCAGGAGUGAAGCUAAUCUCUGAUGCUCUCAAGAGCCCAAACUGUCAACUAGAAAUACUGAGGUUAUCAGGUUGUAUGGUGACAGAUGAAGGUUGUUGUUAUUUGGCGUCAGCUCUGAGUUCAAACCCGUCACACCUGAGAGAGCUGGAUCUCACCUACAAUUACCCACAACACUCAGGAGUUCAGCUGCUCUCUAAACUCAAUCAUCCAAACUUCAAACUCAAUUUGGACUAUGGUGCGGAGAAGAGGAUUAGACCAGGACUACAAAAAUAUUUUUAUGAUGUCACAGUGGAUCUAAACACAGUAAACCCUCUCCUCAUGCUGUCUGAAGAAAACCGAAAGAUCAUACGAGUGGAAGAGCCCCAGUCGUAUCCUGAUCAUCAAGAGAGAUUUGAUGAAAUUACUCAGGUUUUGUGUAAAGAGAGUCUGACUGGACGCUAUUACUGGGAGGCAGAAUGGAUUGGGAAGGAGAUUGGAGUUUCAGUGGUUUAUAAAGAUAUUGGCAGGAAAUUUCGGAGCGAGGACUGCUGGUUCGGAUACAACAGUAACUCCUGGAAUCUUCACUGCACUAGCAAAAGUUACACUGCAAGUCAUAAUCAACAGCAGACAAAUAUCCCAUCAACAUCACCCCACUCUAAUAGAGUCGGAGUUUAUCUGGACUGGCCGGCCGGCAUUCUUUCCUUCUACAGCGUCUCUGACACAAACACACUCACACACUUACACACAUUCAACACAACAUUCACCGAACCUCUACACGCGGGAUUUAGACUUUUUUAUAACACCUCAGUGUCGCUGUGUAAAAAUACUAGUUAACAAUAUCAAGUUAUCAUUUUAUUUAUAUAAUUUUUUACAUGUGAAGAAUAUUUAAGUUCAAUUGUCAGUUGAGAAAUUGGCAGGCACGUUCUCAAGAUUUUAUGUUAUCAAAGGUAUUUGUAUAAGUCAACAGUAUUCUUCUAUUACCAAGUCGAUCUCAGUCUCUUUACUGCGUCGGGAGAAUCAAAUAAGCGGCACACACUCAAGGGUACAGAUCUCAGUGCAGUUGAAUCUAUUUAUUCUUGUACAAAAUUCAAUGGAGGACUCUAUAUAUAUAUAUGUAUGUAAUUUGCACAGGGUUUGUUGGUUACUACUCUGUUCCCCCUUGAAGUUCACACAAGUGCGUGUGUAUAUACAGUAUUUGUGAAUCUGGUCCCAAGGCUAGAACUGCACUAGUUUAUGUAUAGACGGUUUCAGCAGUAACAACAUAAACAAACGGCUUCCUUUAACCAGGAAGUAGAGGGCUGUAGUACAAACCGGCCGUUCGCUGUAGGCUUUGAAAGGAGACUUCUGUUAAAAAAAUAUAUAUCGCCUGGCAGUGAACUUUGAGCUUUAUCAUUUUACAGGUACAGUCUUGUUCA